GUCGUUAUGGUUACAGCACCACACCGUUCUCUGCUCAUUCGCUCUGCAGAGGAGAAACGUGGUUCAUGCUGGACCAGCUGAGACAACACCCAUCACUGCCAUGCCAACAGGAAUAACUCACUGCCUGACUGUUUGGCGGGAAACAAACUAUUGAUCCUGUAUCUUCCCGAGCUGAUCUCGUGGCUACGAUGGUGAUGGCCAACCCAAACAGCAGUAGUGCUUUCGGCCAUGAGUCGAGCGUUGAGGUCAACUGCACCAACCUGUAUGACCAUCGUGGCUGGGCAAAAGUGCUUCUCCCUAUGGUUUACACUGGGGUCUUCAUCGUGGGUCUCUCUGGUAAUCUGCUGGCCUUGCACGUGAUCUGGCCCAACGUGAAGAAGAUCAACUCUACUACGAUCUACUCCGCCAACUUGGUGGUGUCUGACAUCUUGUUCUCGCUCGCCCUUCCAUUGCGGAUUCUCUACUAUGCCAUGGGUUUUCACUGGCCAAUGGGUGAAGGUCUAUGCAAAGCCACAGCCCUGUUGUUCUACAUCAACAUGUACGCUGGCGUCAAUUUCAUGACCUGUCUGAGCGUGGAUCGCUUUAUCGCAGUGGUUCUGCCUCUUCGCUUCUCCCGUUUCCGUAAGGUCCACAACGUACGGAAUAUUUGUAUAGCUGUUUGGGCUGUGGUGCUGGCUCAGACCUUGCCACUGCUUUCAAUGCCCAUGACCAAUGAGGAGCCCAAUGGCUACAUCACCUGCAUGGAGUACCCCAACUUCGAGAAGGUAGAGGGCUUGCCCUUUAUGCUCAUUGGCGCCGUUUUUCUGGGCUAUGGAAUCCCUCUAAUCACCAUCCUCGCAUGUUAUUCAGCUCUCUGCUCAAAACUUCGUCUUUUGGCCAAAACCAACCAGUUGACGGAAAAGUCGGGCCGCAGUCGCAAAGCUAUCGGCGUCAUCUGUUGCGUCAUCUUGGUGUUUGUGGUUUGCUACAGCCCUUAUCACGUAGACCUUCUGCAGUACAUGAUCAGAAAGCUCCUGUACCGCCCCGACUGCGGGGAACUGCACGACUUCCAGAUAUCUCUGCACAUCACUGUCUGCCUCAUGAACCUCAACUCCUCCCUGGACCCCUUCAUCUACUUCUUCGCGUGCAAGGGCUACAAGAAGAAGGUGCUCAAGUUGCUCAAGAGGCAGGUGAGCAUGUCCUUCUCCAGUGUGGUCAGAACAUCCCCAGAUGGAUCUUCUCCAGACGGCAUUGGCAGUGAUAAAAUCCACAUGAGCAGCAGAACCUAUCUGAGAGAGAGGAGCAGCAUGAUAGUGAGUGAGUGAAUAGAGUGGAGUAAAGCUUUUGGACUCAAAAAAAAAGAAGAAGAGACAAAACCAGCUGGGUGAUGAGACAGGAAUCUAGGAUAAUAAUGAUGGAUGCUGACCAAGUGCCCGAGUGACUGACCAAUACAAGAUAAAACAAACAUUUGAUUCAACAGAUUUGAUUCAACAGAUUUGAUUUUAUUGUGCUGAUGAUGUAUUGUAUAUUGUAUAAUGUGUAUUAUGUCUAUAAUGCUCUAUAUUAUUUUUGUAAAUAUUUUCUGAAUAUUUUCAGCCAUGCACCUGCUCUCAAUAGACUGUGUAUCAUCACUGCUUUAAAAAAUAAGAACUAAAAGCCUGUCAGAAGGUCGUCAAAAACCUGAAAUCAUGCCUCAACUAUUGAGCAAUUGAGAAGUGAGUAAUCCCUAGCUACUCUGCUGGGCCUCUCAGAGGAAACCACGUUGCCACAUAGCCACAUUGCUUGGAAACACGUUUCCAAACUGAAGGCGCCACCUACUGGUAGAUUUCUGUUAAUUCUGUUGUAGUUCUGCAUUAGUUUUAGAGGAAAAAGUGAAACCCAGAGAUGUGGGAGUGUGACAUCAAUGAUCAACAUUAUUGUAUAUUGAUUACUAUUGGAAAUAAUGUGCUUUUUGCCCCUCAAAACUUAAAAAAUUAGAGAUUAUCAAGAUUUUUAACACAGAACACUUAAUGUUUAUCCUCUGUUUAAAUAGCUUGUAUUUUUUUUAUAAAAAUAGCCCAUGCCUAAAUCAUUUAAGUAUGAAAAUGAGUGUUUGUAGAAAAGUUUAACAACAUUGCUGAGGAUACGAAUUGAAUUUAUAUUGAUAGUGACUCACAUAUUAAUGGAACUAAUUCAGUAACUAUUUUAUAUGAAUUUUAUGUGGAUUAUGUGGAUUUUUUAUAUGUAUAUUUAAUUUUGCAGAUAUCCAGGCAUCUUAAAUUCAUUAUGAGCUUCAUUAUGAACUUAAACUUAAAAGAUGUAAUUAUUAUUUUUGUUGUUAUUUAUAAACUGAAUGUCAGAAGUGUCGGGGGAUAAACCUAUCAGGAGGUAAGUGAGCAGGAUGAAUGAUGCAGACUUAAAUACUUAAUAUAGUGUAAUUAUAGAAACAAGCCUGAGGAGGGCAGUGUGGUUCAACAUGUGGUAUUAUUAAUAUUCUUACAUCUUCAAUAUUCUAAAGAACAGUGGACUAUAGAAAUUGGAACACAUUGCAUUAUUGUAUAUGUCUUGUAUAUAGGGUUUAAUUUCUGUACAGGGGUUAAGUUUAGUUUGGUGGAAUAACCCUGUUUUUGUAUCAUAGUUUUCAUGCAUUCUGGCAUGUUCUCCUCCACCAGUCUUACACACUGCUUUUGGAUACUUCAUGCCUUUACUCCUGGUGGAAAAAUUCAAGCACUUCCAUUUGGUUUGAUGGCUUGUGGUCAUCCAAUUUUCUCUUGAUUGUAUUCUAGAGAUUUUCAAUUUGGUAAAAACAAAGAAACUCUUCAUUUUCAAGUGGUCUCUUAUUUUUUUCCUGAGUUGUAUAUAUAUGCAAAGUCUCGAGCUAAGCAGCAUACUGUUAUGGUUGUAUGUACUUGUAUUGUAGUAGCAUAUUCUGAAACUAGCUGCUAAAUAAAGAAGCGAUUGAAACAGGAAAAGUCACCAAUAAUCAGCCAAUCAGCUCUCCCUCCCUCCUGCCCUGCCUCUAAACCCAUACAUCACUCAGUGCCACUUUCCAAAACUACCCCUUACAUUUUCAGAAUAGGGUUGAAAAUCUGCAAAAAAUAAGGGGGUUUAGUGCCCCUUUAUGCUAAACACAUAUAUUUAUGCUGCUUGAAGUGCAUAUAAGAACUGUAUGGACUAGAAAAUUAAUCUUUUAUUAUGUUUUGAAGGCAAUGUUUACACAUAGAAUAGUUCACUGCUGUGUGUGUGUGUUCACUUUACAAUAAGGAUCACAGACAUGACAGUAUUUAUGGCAGUAAAAAUGGUUAAAUGGGUAAAACUCUUUAAUGGUUAAACAAUGGCUCAAUUAAUUAUUAAUUGACACUAGUUAAGCCAUUAUUACACAUUGCUAAAUUUACUUUUUAAUGCUUAAGAAUGUAAUGAAUAAUAAUAAAUUAUGUCAUUUGUUAAAAAAUAAUGAUUAAUAAUGUCUUAACCGGAGUCAAUUAACAAUUAUUUUAGACAUUAUCCUUGUUGUAAGGUGUUACCACUGCAUGGCUGCAGCCCAAGUAUGGCUACACUGGUUGUUGGUUUGGUUGUUUAGUUUACAUCUCGUGGGUAAUUUCAGUAGAGCUAGGUUCAUAUAGGUUUAUUAGGUUUGUUAUUGUGGUUACACACUGGUGCUUGUUUUUAUAAUGCAACAAACCACUUCUGCCUUUAUAUGUUCUGUAUAUAGAGAAUGCAUGUGAAUAGACCUCUGUAACAUCCUGACAAGCCCUGUUUUUUUCUAAAGAAACAAUAAAUCACAAUUUAAAAAUAAAA